AAAAAUUAUAGCGGGUGAACAAUGUCCCCCAAAAAAUACAGAUGAACAGUAACAUUUUCUCUGUCCUCCACUCACAACCACUUUUUAUACUCUUUAUAUUAUAAAAACUCCACACACAGAAUUUAAUGGUAUGGAUGUAAAUGCUCUUAGACCAUCCCUAGUGGGGCGUUUUUUGUAAAAAAAAAAAAAAAUUGCUCAAUCACGCCGGAUCACGCCCCCUGGGCGUUUUGGGGCGUUAUUCGAGAAAAAAGGCGCUUGUCGUUUUUUGAAACACGCCUAAUUUUUGCUUUGGGGGACGAGAAGACUGUUUGCAACGGUAACUUUCUUAAUUUUUUUUUAAAUCCAAUAUAAAACACUAUAAAAUACCCACUAGCUAUACACUUUUUUUAUAAAAAACUCAGACACCAUCAAAACUUUCUCUCUACUACUUCUACAAUUUAUAAAAAUAUGAACCCAUUCUGACCCCCAUUUGGUGUCCCCUCAAGACCCGGGAACCCGAACACAACCCAACCGCAACAAACCUUUAACCUUCAAGACAUGGACUCGAACAUGUUAUCGUAUGCGGCUUUCUUGAGUAGCGCAACUCCAUUCGUGCAACCCACUUUCGGCUUUUGCCAAGCCGGGGGCUCGCAACCAUCACAAAAACAACCCGAACCCGAUGUGGAUGUUGUGCCGGAGACGCAACCCGAACCGGAGCGAGAGACAUCGAAACGCGGCAAAAUGUCGCAUAAGAAGAAGGAACCGAACCAACCUCGACGUAAGCAUUCUUACGUUAGUUGGACGAAGGACGAGGAAUUCACGUUGGUUCGGGCGUGGGUCGAUGUUUCGGAGGACCCCAAUGUUGCAAACUUUCAAUCAGGCCCCGAAUUCUGGAAUAGGAUUCAUGCACUCUUUUAUAGCACGUGGGGUAAGGGCGAACAUCGUGACAAAGAUUCCAUUUCUAGCAAAUGGACCGACACCAACAAUAAGUGUCACUCCUUCCAAGAAGUUUACCAACGUAACUACGAUAAUCGCCCGACCGGAGAAGGUGACGUCGGGGUUUUAACGAAGGCUAUGGAAGAGUACAAGAGAAUUAAAGGCGUUUUCCCGUACUAUAAGUGUUGGGAACUACUACGAAAAAGUCCAAAGUGGGCAGGCGUAGUGUCCAUGACGUCGAGUAGUAGACGUCGAGCUAAAAGGUCAAAAACAUCAUCCUCCAUUGACUCUGAAACACCAACUUCCGAUGCCCGCAAUGUUGAUCUAAAUGUUGUUGUGGACGUUGACAAGCAAAUUGAAGAAUAGUUGGCCCGACCACCCGGUAGAAGAAAAGAUAAGCGAACCGGGAAAAAACUGGUGGAGUG